GGCAGGAGGCGCUGUGGUUCUGCCCUCAUAUCAGAGCUCUGGUUCACGGUUUGUCGUCAUGUGAACAUCUCUUUUGAAUGUUGUUGGUGGAGAAAUGGAAGCAGACACAGGAGCCGGUGUGUCCCGGGCGGAGAAGAAAGCCCUGGACAAGGCGAAGAUCGUGCACCGGGAGACCGAAAGGAACGUGUUGAAGACGGUCACACGGAUCUUGAAGAAGGCGGAGGACGAGCGAACGGAGGAGGAGGCACGCACGCUUCUCCGGCACCCGUCGGCGGUUGAGCAGGUCCGGGGGCGGAGCGUCCGGAGCGGGCAGCAGAGGAGGAGGAGGGAGGAGGUGUGUGACGGCGUGGAGGAGCUGAGGACCAAGGUGUCCCAGCUGGCUGCCGCCGUCCGGUGCGCUCAGCACCUGGUUGUCUACACCGGAGCCGGCAUCAGCACGGCCGCGUCGAUCCCGGACUACAGAGGACCCAACGGGGUCUGGACGCAGCUGCAGAAAGGACAGGCGGUCAGCUCGUCUGACCUGGGGAGGGCCGAACCCACCCUCACACACAUGUGUAUCAAAGCGUUGCAUCAGCAGAAUCUGGUGAAGCACGUGGUGUCUCAGAACUGUGACGGGCUGCACCUGAGGAGCGGGCUCCCCCAACACGCCCUCUCUGAGCUGCACGGGAACAUGUUCAUCGAGGUGUGUGCGUCGUGCAUCCCGGCCCGGGAGUACGUGCGUGUGUUUGACGUGACGGAGCGCACAGCGCUGCGCCGCCACGCCACCGGGCGGCGCUGCGGCCUUUGCGGGGCGGAGCUCCGGGACACCAUCGUCCACUUCGGGGAGCGAGGAACGCUGGAGCAGCCGCUGAACUGGAGCGGGGCGGCGGCGGCGGCCGGGAGCGCCGACCUCAUCCUCUGCCUCGGCUCCAGCCUCAAGGUUUUAAAGAAGUACGCUUGUCUGUGGAGCAUGAACCGACCGGCCAAGAGGCGGCCCCUGCUCUUCAUCGUUAACCUCCAGUGGACUCCAAAAGAUGAUUUGGCGACACUGAAGAUCAACGGGAGGUGUGAUGAGGUGAUGGAGCUGCUGAUGGAGGAGCUGGACCUUCAGAUUCCUUCAUACAACAAGGCGGAGGACCCCAUCUUCCACCAGGCCACGCCCCUCAGGCCGGAGGAGGAGCUCAGUCACACCCGCUGCCUCAUAGCACCCCCUGCUGGCCAGGAGGACCAGCCCCCCGACGCCCAGGGCCACGCCCCUCCGGCCCCCCAGCCGGUGCAGGGCGGUUGGUUCGGGCGGGGCUUCUCUAAAGGGAGGAAGAGGAAGAAGAGGAAGGCUGUUUAACACCACAGAGCUCUACCAGCCUACUGCACUGCAGUCAUUGUUGCGUUACGUUUUAUAUCCUGUGAUUAAAUUUAAGUUAGACGUUUAAA